UCCAGAGUGAAAGAAGCGCAAUGACUGCGCAUACGUGAUGCUCGUGAACACGCCUUUUUCCUCACACAGGCGGAAGUUUACAGUUGGAUUCCCCGACCCUCCUCCAUGUCAAAUAAUUGAAGAAAACCUAUCCCAGACUGUGGCACCAUGUCUGACCCGGAAUCCCCGGAUGCUAGUGACCCGGCCCAGAGAAGCUCCCUGAGAGGUCCAGAGCUGGAAGACUGCAGUCAAACACUGGAACUCGGUGUAGCUGUCAAAGAUGAUGACGGUAAUGACGAGAAGGAGGCUGAUGAAGAGGAUAGCGAUGAUGUAGACUCUGGGCAGAACGUUGUGAAAGUGGAUGAGGAGGAAGGAGAAGCAGUGAAGUCGGGGCUUUCUAUUGUUAAAAGAGAUGCAGAGGAGGAGGGAGGUGGCGGAGAUGAGACCAACUCCGGAGGGGGUGCCAACUCGGACUCAGACAGUUCAGACGGGGAGAAUGAACAGAGUUCGAACGCUCAGAGUGCAGUGCAGAAGCCGCACCCUUGCUCCCAGUGUGGCAAGACCUUCAUCACCGUGGGGAGCCUGAAGAGGCACACACAGACUCACAGCAGAGAGAAACCCCACCAGUGCUCCGUCUGCGGGAAAUGUUUCUCACGCUCAGACGACAUGAAGAGACACCUCACCAUCCACACAGGAGAGAGGGUGAACCACGUCUGUCACCAGUGUGGGAAGACUUUCACCAGUCUGGGAGGGCUGAAGAAACACCAGAUGACCCACACAGGAGAGAAGCCGUUCCAGUGUUCCGAGUGUGGGAAAGGUUUCACUGCGCAGGGUAACCUCAAGAUCCACCAGCGCAUCCACACAGGGGAGAAACCGUACCAGUGCUCCCAGUGUCAGAAAAGCUUCUCCCGGCUGGCCCACUAUAAAGACCACCAGCAGACUCACCGGGAGGAGAAACCGUACCACUGCAAUGACUGUGGGAAAAGCUUCUCCUACUUCAAGUCGCUCAAGUGCCACCAGAUGAUCCACAAAGGGGAGAACCUCCACCACUGCUCCGUAUGCGGUAAAGGGUUCGCCAUCCGCGGCAACCUGAAGACCCAUCUGCAGACACACACCAAGGAGAAACCACACCAAUGCUCAGAGUGCGGGAAACGGUUCUCCCGAGCCCACGACCUGAAGAAACACAAGCUGCUCCACACAGGGCAGAAGACCUACCACAUUUGCCAGUGUGGCAAGAGCUUCACGGAGCUGGGGAACCUGCGGACCCACCAGAGAACCCACACCGGAGAGAAACCAUUCUGCUGUUCCUUCUGUGGCCGAACCUUCUUGCGUGCUGGAGACCUGAAGAGCCACCAGCGGACACACACCGGAGAGAAACCAUUCAUCUGCGCCAUAUGUGGGACCAGUUUCGCCCAAUCUGGCAACCUGAAAGUGCAUCAGAUCACACACACUAAAGAGAGGCCGUACCCUUGUACUGUCUGUGAUAAGGGGUUCACCACACCGGGGAGUCUGAAGCUACACAUGAGGACACACACAGGGGAGCGGCCUUUCCUGUGUAGCGCAUGUGGGAAAGGGUUCACGGCGUCAGGGCAGCUGAAGAGGCACCAAGAGUGUCACAUGAGAGACACUGUCCAAUCAUCUCCUAGUGAAGACACGGGGGUGGCGGUGGCUUCAAAAUAAAAGUCCUCUCUACGCGGACUACGAAAUAAGAGUACUGGAAACGUGCCAAUGUGUGUCUGAACUGUGAUCAUGAUGGGAGGUUUUACUGCUUCAUGAUGUCCCUAAUGGGACACCAUUCCCUGUGGGCUCUGGUCAAAUGAGACACCAUUCACACUGGGCUCUGGUCAAAUGGGACACCAUUCACACUGGGCUCUGGUCAAAUGGGACACCAUUCACUCUGGGCUCUGGUCAAAUGGGACACCAUUCACUCUGGGCUCUGGUCAAAUGGGACACCAUUCACUCUGGGCUCUGUUCAAAUGAGACACCAUUCACUCUGGGCUCUGUUCAAAUGAGACACCAUUCACUCUGGGCUCUGUUCAAAUGAGACACCAUUCACUCUGGGCUCUGGUCAAAUGAGACACCAUUCACUCUGGGCUCUGGUCAAAUGGGACACCAUUCACUCUGGGCUCUGGUCAAAAGGACUGCACUAUAAAGGGAGUAGGGACACCAUUCAGGACCUACACUAUUCCUCCCUUUUGCAGAACAUCAGUUGUUUAUUCUGUGAGCUCAAAUAUGAGCUUUAUAAAGUGUCACAGAAUGUGAUGUUUGACAAGAAAUUGUUAAUCUGAGUCCUGAAUGACACCCAAUUUAGUGCACUACGUUUGCCCAGGGCUUAUAGGGUUCUGGCUAAAAGUAGUGCACUAUAUAAUAGGGAAUAGGGUGCCAUUUGGGACCCUGGUCUUAAUGGUAAAAUGUCAUCCAUCCAUUUAGAAUGUACACGAUCUGAUAUUGAUCAUAUAACAUGAUUCCCAAAUGGCACCCUAUUCCCUAUAUAGUGCACUAAUGUUGAUCAGAGCCUAAAGUAGUGCACUAUAUAGGGAAUAGGGUGCCAUUAGGGACACACAACAGUGUAUAGUAUACUACAGUACUAAUGAACACAUUCUCUGGUAAACACAGUUUACUGAUUUUGUCUUUUUUAUUAUCUGAGUAUCGAUCAGAUUUUAAUAAAUAAACUAUUCUAAUGCGAUUCAUCCUGUGAAAACUCAGUUUGAAAUAAUUAAGUUCCCCUGUCGUCCUGUAGGUGGUGCUAUUGAGUCGCAUUCACAAUGCAGUCCGUAGUUUCCCCUGUCGUCAUGUAGGUGGAGCUAUUGAGUCGCAUUCACAAUGCAGUCCGUAGUUCCCCUAUCGUCCUGUAGGUGGUGCUAUUGAGUCGCAUUCACAAUGCAGUCCGUAGUUUCCCCUGUCGUCAUGUAGGUGGAGCUAUUGAGUCAUAUUCACAAUGCAGACAGUGAAGUUUGUUUUUAGCCCAUAGCGCUCUGUAGUGCACUGUACAGGGAAUAGUGUGCCAUUUGUUAUGUAGCCUUAGUCCCUCCCUUUAGUUUCACACUAAAGUGUGUUUCCUACUGAUAAGGAACUCUUCCUCAGAAUAAACAUGUAUUAUCCCCUAAAAAAAAACAGGUGGUUUAUAACAAAGAAUGGACUAAAUUAGUCACACCAAAGACUGGAAACAAACUGGGCUGUCGGGGAACUACAUGUAAUUUAACUACACUGAACAAAAAAUAUAAAUGUAAUAAUUUCAAAGUUUUGACUGAGUUACAGUUCAAAUAAGGAAA